UCUUGUCGAAAUCCAAACCUUUCCCUUUCUCCCAAGAAGCCCAUUGGGAAACGUCCCUCGAGCUCGAUGCAUUCCGCCUCGUGGUUCUGCUCAAAAUGGCCUUCACACCCAAGAUACUCUCCUUCGAUGGGGGUGGGAUCCGCGGAAUAUCAAGCCUCUUGAUCCUCCAAGCCAUCAUGGAGGACAUUAAGGAGGCACAGAAGCUUCAGACGACCCCUCGUCCGUGCGAAAUAUUUGACAUUAUCGGUGGCACCAGCACCGGCGGAAUUAUUGCCAUCAUGCUUGGGCGCCUGGGCAUGACUGUUGAGAGCUGCCUCAAGGCCUACCGGUCCGUUAUGGAAGAGGCCUUCACACCCAAGUUUCGAUGCCCCAUACCUGGUCGAUCUCGGACCACAUAUUCCUCCAAAACUCUUAGGGAUGCCAUACGAAGGGUCAUCACGGACGAGUGCGACGACCCUCAGUGUCUGGCCACGAAGUGCUGCAUCCACGCUAAUGAAGUCUUUCAAGAUGGGUCUUGUACUAAAACUAUCGUCCUGGCAGCCCCAAAGAAAGAUCUAGACGCCCGACCAAUAUUGCUGAGGACAUGCGACAUGUCCCCUGAAUUCAGCAACUGUGCCAUCUGGGAAGUGGCUCUUGCAGCCUCGGCCACACCAAAGCUCUUCAAGCCCAUCAAGCUGGGCAAGAAUCGGGUGGAGCUGGUAGACGCCGCGCUGGGAUUCAACAACCCAUGCGAGGUCCUCAUCGAGGAGGCCCAGGUCCUGUACCCAUCGGCUGAGAAGUUCACCAUCCUCAGUAUAGGUACGGGGCGGGGCAGCGUUGUCGCCCUCCAGAACACACGGUUAUCACCGACGGCAUCAAGCACCGAGUCGACGAACAAGGUGGACGAAAAGCUUGAGUAUAAAUACCGAGAGACCGCACAGUACCAUAGGUUUAGUGUGGAUCAUGGUCUGGAGGACAUCACGCCCGCGAACUGGCAGAUGAGCGAUCAGGUCGCCGCACAUACGUAUACCUACUUAAAGGGGAAGAAAUAUAACAUCCGAGAAUAUGUCGACAGUCUGGCGACCCUAAGCAACUUGGAGAUUUCAAACACGAGAAAUCUCGCUGAUCAGCUGGCUGGGAAAAGAACGCCGAAUAUCACUACAGCAGUAGUAGCUAAGAGCAACCCAGCAGCCCUACAACAGCCGACAAUACGUAUGAUUCAAAAUCCUCCUGGCAAUAACCUGGAGCAACCAAACCCCAUAGCACGGAAUCCUUCGGGGAAUUCCAUGGACAUAACGGAUUCACAUGAGAACAGCAAGAAUUGGAAGGCCAUACUUGACUGAGUUUUUGGGACUGAUCCCUCGACCGGUAAACCAUCCUUUAGUCUUGUAGGAUUGGAACAGGCCUCAAGAUAGGAAUCUCGGUCUCCUAUAGCAGCCUUAGAGGACGAAAUGUGGUGAUUUUCUUUUUGUAUGUAAAAAGAAAGAAAGAC